CCGGCUGCGAAGCCGUCGCCAUCCUGACCCCGAGAUGCAGUCCCGUCUGCUGCUCUUCCCCAGAGGCAGUGGCCCGGCCGCGGUCCUGGCCCUGCGGAGACUCGCCUACAUUGUGCUGAAGCCGCUGAGCGGAGCCGGGUACCCGGCCUUUCCCCGGAUCAGGCGCCUGGAGACGGCGGCAGGUGACACAAUUAGCAUUGGCGAUGUUCAUUUUAAGCUGAAGGAGCCUAAAAACCCUGAACUUGUGCCCUUGAAACACAUGUUGGAACCCAUAUCUCAGUCACUCACACAGCACCUUCGAUGGAUCAUGCAGAAAGAUCUGCUGGGGCAAGAUGUGUUCCUUAUUGGGCCACCCGGUCCUUUACGACGCUCCAUUGCUAUGCAGUAUUUGGAAUUGACCAAGCGAGAGGUAGAAUACAUGGCACUGUCCAGAGAUACCACUGAGACGGACCUUAAACAACGUAGAGAGAUCCGAGCAGGAACAGCCUUUUACAUUGAUCAGUGUGCUGUUCGAGCUGCGACUGAAGGCAGGAUAUUAGUGCUAGAAGGACUGGAAAAAGCUGAACGCAAUGUGCUACCCGUUUUAAAUAAUCUGCUAGAAAACCGGGAGAUGCAGCUGGAAGAUGGUCGUUUCCUUAUGUCUGCAGAUCGCUAUGACAAGCUACUGAAGGAACAUACGAGGAAGGAACUGGAUGCGUGGAAGAUUGUCCGAGUUAGUGAGGACUUCAGGGUUAUAGCCCUGGGUCUACCAGUCCCAAGGUAUCCUGGAAAUCCUCUGGAUCCUCCGCUUCGUUCCAGGUUUCAGGCCAGGGACAUAUAUUGUCUGCCUUUUAAGGACCAGUUGGCAGUCUUGUAUGCUAUUGGACCAAAUGUACCCUCGGAAAGAGUAUCUCAGAUGUUAUCCUUUGCUUCAACCCUCUGCUCUCAAGAGUCCACAACCCUUGGUCUGCCUGAGUUCCCAGUGGAUAACUUAGCAGCUGUCAUUAAAAUCAUGGAUGUGUUUCCCACGCUGUCUGCCCAACAACUGCUCCACAGACUUUACCCAUAUGAUUUAAUGCUUGGGAAAGAAGGUAGAACUGGAGUGGAGGAUGUAUUAAAGACAUUUGAGUUGCUGGGCUCUGCAAGUUCCUCGACCCCAAAGGCAGUUACUGGUAUAAAAGAAAUCAAAGGCCAGACUUUACAGGCCAUAGCCACUGUUCAAAUUGGUGACAAAGAAAUGGCCUUUCAGAUUCCAGUUGGAACAAGACCGUUAAAGUUUCACAAUAGGACACCAAAAUUCAUCCGAACAUCCAGUCAUGACAGGCUCCUGGCAGAGAUAAUGCAGUCGCACAUGGUAAAGGACAUAUGUCUAAUUGGUGGAAAGGGUUGUGGCAAAACUGUGAUUGCUAAGGAAUUUGCUGACCUGCUGGCUUAUAGAAUUGAACCCAUCACACUGUAUCAGGACAUGACCGCCAGAGAUUUACUUCAGCAGAGGUACACUCUUCCUAAUGGAGACACGGCAUGGCGACCCGCACCACUGGUUACUGCUGCCUUAGAAGGAAAGCUCGUUGUCCUUGAUGGCAUUCAUCGCGUCAAUCCUGGAACACUGGCAAUUCUUCAGAGGCUUAUUCAUGACAGAGAAUUGACACUGUAUGAUGGUUCUCGGUUACUCAGGGCAGAUCGAUAUCAAGAACUGAAAAAGGUGCUUUGUCUUUCUGAUGAAGAUCUUCAACAGAGAUUUAUUUACCCCAUCCAUCCAUCCUUCAGGAUUCUAGCCUUGGCCGAGCCUCCGGCGGUGGGCAGUAGCACUCAGCAAUGGCUAGGGUCCGAACUGCUGACUAUGUUCCUGUAUCACAGUGUGAGACCGCUUGCCAUGAAAGAAGAAGCUGAUAUCCUUACAAAAAUGAUUCCGCAUGUCCCGAAAGAGGCUGUUGCACAGCUGUUGCGUUUUACUCACAAGCUUCGGCAGACCAGCGACCCUACAGCGCUGUCUCUGGCUUCAUCACUUUCCACACGACAGUUACUCCGAAUCUGCAGCCGGUUCUCGCACUAUCCAGAAGAAAGUCUGUACCAUGCUGUAAAUAAAGCCUGUCUCUCCAGGUUUUUGCCAAGCCUCGUCCGAUCAACUUUGCAGAAGAAUCUGAAGGAUUCAGGAAUUGAGGCAACAUCUGAUGAUGUGGAGCAACAGGAAAAGGCUAACAUCAGAUGUGAAAUCAAUUCUGGGAUUCUUACAAUUGGGAAGGUUUCUGUUCCAUUGUACAAUCCAGAUGAAAAGAUGAAAGUACCAGACGUUCUCUUUUAUGAAAACACUCAGCACAUGGAGGUGAUGGAAGAUAUGCUCAAGGACUUUCUGCUUGGGGAACAUCUUCUACUGGUUGGAAAUCAGGGUGUGGGCAAAAACAAGAUUGUUGACCAUUUCCUACAUCUAUUGAACAGACCCAGGGAAUAUUUACAGCUUCACAGAGACACCACUGUGCAAAGUCUCACUCUACAGCCAUCAGUUCAACAUGGAGUUAUCACAUAUGAAGAUUCUCCUCUGGUGAGGGCUGUUAAAUUAGGGCAUAUUCUGGUCAUUGACGAGGCCGACAAGGCUCCAACCAACGUCACCUGCAUCUUGAAAACAUUAGUGGAAAGUGGUGAGAUGAUUUUAUCUGAUGGAAGACGCAUUGUUGUUGAUCCCACCAGUGCAGAAGGAAGACCUGAUGUGAUAGUAGUUCAUCCAGAUUUCCGAAUGAUUGUCCUGGCGAACAGACCAGGGUUUCCCUUUUUGGGUAACGAUUUCUUUGGUGCUCUAGGUGAUAUUUUUAGCUGCAAUGCAGUUGAUAAUCCCAAACCCCGAUCUGAACUUGCUAUGCUUCGACAGUAUGGUCCUGAUGUCCCAGAGCCAGUUCUUCAAAAGCUUGUUUCUGCCUUUGGUGAAUUGAGAAAUAUGGCUGAUCAAGGAAUAAUAACCUAUCCUUAUUCAACAAGGGAGGUUGUUAAUAUUGUAAAACAUCUACAGAAAUUCCCUACUGAGGGACUCGCAAAUGUGGUUCGGAAUGUAUUUGACUUUGAUUCCUACAAUGGCGAAAUGCGUGAAAUCCUUGUCAACACUCUGCACAAGCACGGGAUACCAAUAGGAGCCAAGGCUACUAAUAUACAGUUGGCCAAGGAGUUACCUUUGCCGGAGUGUAAAUUCACCAGCCACUGGACUUUCAACCAACCAGAAAGCCGGAAGCUUCUUUGCCCUACAGAGUGUCAGCAGACAACCAUAAAGGGUCCUGUGUACUUGAGGGUCAAGGGAUAUCCCUUAGAACGACAUGAGUCGAGGGGGCUCAGUUUCACAGAGCAACAAGCCCACUGGAGAAUUCCCCUGAAUGAAGUUAAUAUUGUUUGUGAUGUUGCCACAGCCAAAGGUGAAGCCAAAGACUCCAUUUAUGUGGCAACAUGCAAUCCGGUCUCUCUCUACUCAAUGAGUGUGCCUGGCAAUACCAUACACCACAUGGAUUUGUAUGACAUCUUCCCCAGGAAUGCUGGUGGGAUCUGGCAGCCGUUUGUGACAGUGGCUCCAUUAAGUCAACCAUUACAUGACCAAGUCGUGCUUCACGAGGAGCAGAGUAACGUGAUCUUGCUAUUGAACUUGACCAAUGGUGCAGUCAGUCGUAUCAUCUCUGGAAAAGAACAGCAACAUCCCAAGAAAGCACAAUGGUGGGCGAAUAGAGAAGACCAGGAUGUUUACAAAAUGUGCAGGGAAUUUUCUCACAAAAAUUGGCUUGUCUUCUACAAGGAGCAAGGGAAUUUCUUGAAUGUGUUGGAUGUCCUAGAGAGUCGUUCCCAUUCCAUAUCCCUGCCAAUCAAAGUUAAAUCUGUUCAUUUGGUGGCUGAAGACAGAUGGCUACUGGUGGAGAGUAAAACUAACAAGAAGUUCCUCCUGACGAAGCCGAUGCACAUUGAAUCUGACUUGUCUAGAAUUUGUCAGCUGCAUGUGAUUGAUGAAGAGCCAGUCAGCACAGGCUUCGGAAUCACACCAGCCCUGGAGCUCCUAUGCCCCUGUAUGGUGUCAAAGGAAGAGUUACCCUCAGAAAAUUUGAGCAUAGCCCUCGGUCAGAAGAUUGUGUCUCCAAAUCGGAUUCUGUCUGAUAAAAACAGCUACGCAACAAUUGUUGUCGGGUUUCCAGAUCUAAUGUCUCCCAAUGAGGUGUACAUGUGGAAACGAAGAGCUCCAUUGGACAGUACUGGUGCUGGCUCCACAAGGGAUAAGUUCUUCAGUGGGAGCUAUCAGUCUGCGAAUGUGAAACAAACCAACUGCAUAACUCUGACAGGAGCCAACCAGGUGAUUCGAGCUGUUCCUGCUGGAGAAGUGCCUCGAAGUGAAAUCUACCCAAAAGAUACGAAGCCUCCAAACACUGCAGGAUUCUUGGAAGUGACUGAUCUGAACUCCAAGAAGAUUAAGUAUAUUCCCAUUCCAAGUGUGCUUUCCAUCUCUCCAUACACUCAGUGGCUGUCUAAAAUCUCAGACACAGAUGUCCUGAUAGCACCCAUGGGAGCUGGAGGAGUGGUGACGGUGGAUUUGGGAGGGCACGUGAGGGUUUGGGAAACUGGAUUUGAUCAUUUACAGCGUUCCCUGCUUGAAUGGAGAAACAUGAUUGGACAGGAGGAUGGACGACCCCUACAGAUUACUGUAGAGAAGGACAGUGGAUUGGAUGUAACCGCCCCAAAACACGGAAGAGUUGAUAUGGACAACACCCCUCAUGUUGGGGGCAACACGUGGGCAGGAGGAACUGGUGGAAGGGAUACUGCUGGACUCGGUGGGAAAGGUGGUCCCUAUCGUUUGGAUGCAGGGCACAAGGUGUACCAGGUGUCUCAGGCUGAAAAGGAUGCAGUGCCAGAAGAAGUGAAGAGGGCUGCAAGAGAGAUGGCUGAGAAAGCAUUCAAGGAGAGGUUGAAGGAAAUUCAUAUGAGUGAAUAUGAUGCAGCUACAUACGAGAGGUUUUCAAGGGCCAUUCGGAGACAGGUCCAAUCAAUACGAGUCAUUCUCGACAGCCUGCAGGCAAAAGGCAAAGAGAGACAAUGGCUACGGCACCAGUCAAUUGGAGAGCUCGACGACACCAAAAUAAUCGAUGGCUUGACAGGAGAGAAGGCAAUUUAUAAGCGAAGAGGAGAACUGGAGCCCGAACUUGGUAGUCCCCAGCAGAAACCCAAGCGCUUGCGGCUGCUAGUGGAUGUCUCUGGCAGCAUGUACCGCUUCAAUGGAGUUGAUGGCAGACUGGAACGCUCCAUGGAGGCAGUCUGCAUGGUUUUGGAAGCCUUUGAAAAUUAUGAGCAUAAAUUUAAGUAUGACAUUAUUGGUCACUCGGGAGAUGGAUUCAACAUCGAGUUAGUCAGGAGUGAAAAACUCCCGGGAAACAACAAGGAGAGACUGCAGGUUAUGAAGACAAUGCAUGCCCAUGCCCAGUUUUGUAUGAGUGGCGACCAUACUCUUGAAGGAACAGAGCACGCAGUCCAAGAGAUUGCCAAGGAAGAGGCAGAUGAACAUUUUGUCAUUGUUCUGAGUGAUGCUAACCUGGAGCGAUAUGGCAUAAACCCUGCAAGGUUUGCCCAAGCCUUGACUUGCAACCCUCAAGUUAAUGCUUUCGCCAUUUUCAUUGGAUCUCUGGGUGACCAAGCAGAAAGGCUACAGCAGACUCUGCCAGCUGGGAGGUCCUUUGUUGCCAUGGACACAAAGCAAAUCCCACAGAUUCUACAACAGAUCUUCACAUCCACGAUGCUGUCAACGGCCUAAGGAUUGUCCCAGUAAGAGUGAUGUGCACCAGGCGAUGGUGGGAAAAAAUACACUCAAGAUUAAUUUAUCUCCAUUCACAGGCAGCGGCUGGGCGCCUAUACAAUGAGUGCAAUGACCCUUCUAUCAUGUUUAGUUGGCGGGAAGGUCACAAUCCCGGGGGAGUUGGGACAAUGAUGGGAAGAUUCUCUGUGACUAACCAUGUUUUACACAGAAGUGAGGAUUUGAGCGCUUUUAGCAAAAUAUGGACUGGUGACAAAUUUUCCUUCCAUCUCUUUCUUUCCUUACAGACAGGUUGUUAAAUUAAAGAGCACCCGCACAAUAUAUAGAUACGCUGUUAAUUGCUAUGAAAAUAUAGUCUUACUUUUAAAUUACUUUUAUUAGUCUUCUCCAAAUUCCAGAAGAAAGAGUAUUAAACCCUUAUUUUGAUUUUGGUGACUUGAAAAACAGUUUAAAGUACUCUGAUUUCAGAAUGAGAUGCAUCCCUGCAGCUAGAAGCUAAUGUUGGAAAGACAUUCAAGGCACAUGAUGGAUUUAUGGCCCCUUCAGUGACCUUUCACUAAAAGCCAUCCAUGUCCAAGCCACUGAAGGAUAGGAAGGAAUUCCUCUGUUCAGAGUGAAACCUGGUGAAAACGUACAUAAAGCUAAGAGGGAAAGAGACCUGAUGAUGUAAAGCACACUGGCAGCAAGGGUUAGUGUCACUGAAAGGGGCAGAAGUUGAGGACUACACAAGUGACAUGUAAAAUAAGAAUCAAUAGGUGUCAAAGCAAAACGAAUAUAAAAAGAACUGUGGGUCACCUAGACACUCUUACUCGGUUCUUCCUUCACUAGCUGUGCUGGAUAACUCUGUGACUAUCUACUACCAGGGUAGCUAUCUGCCGAUAGAUCAUCUCUCUCCACACUUUUGUUUCUGCCUGUCUCCUCUCAAAUGUUUUUCCCAGAAUAUGUGCAUGUGCUCUGGCUGAAUAUUCAAAGGGUCGAUGUUGGUGAGACCCUUUUCACAGCAUGUCCACUGAUUAUCAUUGAUCUUCAGUGAGUUGGAUCUCUGUAUUAAAUCCAGUGCGUGAAGAGAGACUCAGGAAUUAAUCUGUAAAAAUAUUAGGAUGUAAUUUACACACAAGGUUGCUUGGAAUAUCAGGAAGGUAAAUGAUAUAUUGAUCAAAAGAUAAUUUCAUUUGUAACAUAUAUAUACAGAAUAAAGUUCAACCUGUUUAUCAUCUCA